GCUCAACACCACUUGCUACACUUCUCCCAGCUUUCUCUUUCAUCAUGGCUGACCUCAACGAGAAGGCUACUUUCGACCAUGCUUCACUCAAGGGCGCUGAGUCUACUGUGGAGCAGACACCUGAGGAAUCUGAGGCUACCAAGAAGCUUUUGCGGAAGUGCGAUCUUCGUUUGAUUCCUCCGCUGAUGGUCAUCUUCUUCCUUUCCUUUAUGGAUAGAACCAAUAUCGGCAACGCAAAGAUCCAAGGAAUGACGGAGGAUCUCAAACUGACCGGCAGCGAUUACAACAUGGCACUCUUCGUCUUCUUCAUCCCCUACAUCAUCUUUGAAGUCCCGUCAAAUAUCAUGAUCAAAAGGAUAUCGCCUUCCCUUUGGCUCGCUGGGAUAACUGUUCUUUGGGGCAUCUCGACUGUCGGCAUGGGCCUCGUCAAUAACGUCCAGGGCCUGAUAGCAUGUCGCGUGCUCCUCGGCUUCUUUGAAGCGGGAAUUGUCCCAGGCUGCAUCUACCUUAUCAGCAUGUACUACAGACGCUACGAAGUCCAAUGGCGCAUGUCUCUAUUCUUCAGCGCUGCCAUUUUGGCAGGCGCUUUUUCUGGUCUUCUAGCCUUUGCCAUUGCUAAGAUGCAUGAUGUCGGUGGCCUUGAAGCAUGGCGAUGGAUCUUCAUCCUCGAAGGAAUUCUUACGGUAGUCAUCGGUGUCAUUGCCAAAUGGUGGAUCCCUGACUGGCCUGAGACUGCAAAGUUCCUCAACGACGACGAACGAUCUAGACUUAUCGCUCGUCUAGCCGAUGACUCUGGUGAUGCUAAGAUGGACCAUCUCAACAAAGCGGCGUGGAAGAGGAUCUUGACUGAUUGGAAGAUAUAUCUCGGUACAUUGGCCUACUUUGGCAUCGUCAACAACGGUUACGCUGGCUCGUUCUUUAUUCCCACGAUUCUCCGGGAGAUGGGCUACGCCGCCGAGCGAGCGCAAGUGCUCACUAUCCCAGUUUAUGUUGUCGCGACAGUUGGCUGUCUAUCAGCCGCAUAUCUCGCCGACCGUCUCCGCCAUCGAUACGGCUUCACCAUGUUCGGCGUCGUCAUGACAAGUAUUGGCUACAUCCUCCUUCUCCUCCAACACCAAGUCCCCACCGCCGCACGAUACUUUGCUCUUUUCCUACUCGUCACAGGCGGAUACAUCACACAGCCCGUCGUCCUCGGAUGGCUAUCUAACACCAUGGGCGGACACUACAAGCGCUCGAUUGCAUCAGCUGCGCAAGUUGGGUUUGGUAAUCUUGGUGGUAUUGUCGCUUCUAAUGUAUAUCUUACGCGAGAGGCGCCUGAGUACUGGACUGGCUUAGGAGUUAGUCUUGGUAUGGUGUGGAUUUGUGGUAUUUCAUGCACGGCGUUUUACUUCCUUGCUAUUAGGGAGAAUAAGAAGAGGGAUCGUGGGGAGAGGGAUCAUAGACUUCAGGGUGCAGAUGCUGAUAACUUGGGCGAUGACCAUCCUCACUGGAGAUAUGUUACUUAGAUCAAAUAUUGGCCCGAACAAAUAAAUCGGUCACAUCUAUAAUCAACAUGAAG